GCUGGGUCACGAAUAAGAGGCUAAAAUUGGAAAAUCUCUUAUCUAUUAUCGUUAAAUCUUUUGAAAACGUGACAUCCGAUUUCUCAUUAAAAAAUUCUCGUCAACUUCAAAUCAAAAAUCAAUUAAUACUUGAAAAUCAAAAUCGAUUUUUCGUCAUGAUUCACGACACGUACAAUCCGUACACUGCUGUUCAGCGAAGCCCAUCACAAUGGUUCAUCUUUGUGCCAUCUUCUGCACCAUUGGAUAAUACUACAAUCAUUACAUUGUCCCAUGAUGCUGUCAAUUUGGCUAGUAUUCCACCAACGGACUCUGCGGAAAGUCUUCAAAGUCGUUAUGUAGUCCCGGAAGUAAUUCCAUUCAAAAGCUCAUCUGAAGUUGACACUCGUUCGGCUGGAAAUCCAUAUUCCCAUCAUCCAAACUUCACCACUCCAUCUCAAUACUUUGAACAUAUUAUGGAUUCUGAAGGAGAACAACACAAGAUGGAGAAUAAAAACGAAGAAAAUUUGCUGACUAUUAUGGAUAUCAAGAACUUGAAGGAUCCAUUUGGAAAUUAUGAUAUGGAUGGAGAACAGGCACCAAUGGUUAGCAUCAAUCCACCAAAUGAUGUGACUGUUAACAAGAACGCCUUCUCUUCUGACUCAAUUGCUGAUAUUCAGAACAUGAACAUCUCAUUUCCGAUCAAAGCUUUCACUGCUCCAGCUAUCCCAUCCACGUCUCCUGACGGAACACUUAAUAAGAAAAUGUUGAGCCCCGAAUCAAUGUACGAGUUGGAGCAGACUGAUGGAGAAUUCGAGCUCAAGGAGAUGCUUACAAACUCACUUGUCCUCCGUGACUACUCGCCCGAAUCUCUCGCAGAACUUCGCAACAUGCGCAACUUGUCUCAAUACACUGAUUUCAACUCGGGAUCCUCGAAAGAUGUGGCCACUGGAAUCGGAAUUUCCCCGUCACCGUACGAGCGUCAACAAUUUGAAUGGACUGAAAAUGUUGCGUACGGAGGGAUUUAGCCGAGAGAUUGAAAGCAAAUGGACAAACAGAUAUAGGCCUCUUUCAACUGUUCAAUAAAAAUUUUGUGUGUG